AUGGCUUCAUACAUUGGUCCUUGGAGGAGCCCUGCUCAGGGCCAUCUGAAUAAUGACGGUAAUGGCGACUCCAAGACUGACUACACUCGCUGGCGAUUGGUCAAUGAGGAGGGUCGCCAGACCUGGCGAUAUCUGGAGACCGAUGAGGAGAACGAGGCUUGGCCACAAACAAUUGCCGAUAAAUACAACCUUGGUUUGCCCACUGGUCUGCCCGAGCUGUCUGAAGCCAAGACACCUCUCCAAGCUGCCGAAAAUGGCCUCUCUUUCUUCUCUCACCUCCAACUCGAGCCAGGCAACUGGGGCUGCGAGUAUGGUGGCCCCAUGUUCUUGCUUCCAGGUCUGUUGAUUACCUGGUAUGUGACCAACACCCCCAUCCCUCCGGAGUAUGCGACGGAGAUCAAGCGCUAUCUCUUUGCCCGUCAACACCCGGAAGAUGGCGGUUGGGGUCUUCACAUCGAAGCUCACAGCUCCGUCUUUGGUACUGCCAUGAACUAUGUGGCGCUGCGUAUAGUCGGUGUCAGCGAGGAUGACCCUCGUAUGAUCAAGGCUCGAGGACUUCUCCACAAGUUCGGAGGUGCUAUCUAUGGCCCUCACUGGGCCAAGGCCUGGCUCAGUAUUUUGGGCGUAAUGGAGUGGGAGGGUGUCAACCCCGUUCCCCCUGAGAUCUGGCUUCUUCCCGACUGGGUGCCUUUCGCUCCUUGGAGAUGGUGGAUCCAUAUCCGUCAGGUGUUCUUGCCUCUCUCCUACAUUUGGUCCAAGAAAUGGUCCUUCCCUCUCAAUGACUUCACGAGACAGCUUCGAGAAGAGCUGUACACGCAGCCAUACAACACAAUCAAUUUUGCGAAUCACCGCAACUCUAUUCACCCCGCCGACAACUACUACCCCAAGACCUGGCUCUUGAACGGUAUCAACGAGCUUCUGGUCCGCAUCUGGAACCCAUUCCUCCGUAUCAACGCUAUCAGUAAGCGUGCCGAGGACUGGACUUGGGAGCUGAUCCGCAUGGAGGAUGAAAACACUGAUUACGCGGGGCUGGGACCCGUGAAUAAUCCACUUAACAUGGUUGCCUGCUUCAUUCACGACGGCCCAGACAGCUAUUCGGUUCGCCGACAUCGAGAGCGCUUGAAUGACUACAUGUGGAUGAAGCAUGAGGGUAUGUUGGCCAACGGCACCAACGGUGUCCAGGUGUGGGACACUACCUUCGUCACGCAAGCAGUUUCAGUCGCUGGAUUUGCCGAUGACCCUAAGUGGCGACCCAUGCUGCUCAAGGCCCUGGAGUUCAUUGACGACCAUCAACUACGCGAGAACGUGCCAGAUCAGGAGAAGUGCUAUCGCCAGCACCGUAAGGGUGCUUGGCCUUUCAGUACCAAGACCCAAGGAUACACAGUCAGCGACUGCACUGCCGAGGGUCUGCGGUCCACUAUCCAGCUUCAGGAGAUGCACAACUUCCCCAAGUUGAUCUCAUUGGAUCGCCUGAAGGACAGUGUGGACUGUCUCCUGUUGAUGCAGAACCCGACUGGCGGUUUCACCGAGUACGAGACCACCCGUGCCUCGCCCAAGGUCGAAUGGCUGAACGCUGCCGAGGUCUUUGGCGGCAUUAUGAUCGGCUAUGAUUAUCCCGAGUGCACCACUGCAUCGGUGACUGCGCUCUCGCUGUUCAGCAAGUUCUACCCUGACUACCGUGCUGACGAAAUCCGUGCGGCCAAGGAGAAGGCCGUGGCUUACAUCAAACGCGCUCAGCGUAAGGAUGGUAGCUGGUACGGCUCCUGGGGUAUCUGCUUCACCUAUGCUGCUAUGUUUGCCCUGGAAAGUCUGGCUAGUGUUGGUGAGACCUAUGAGACCAGCGAGAAUUCUCGCCGGGGCUGUGAGUUCCUGAUCGCCAAGCAACAGGCCGACGGUGGCUGGGGUGAAUCGUAUCUCAGCAGUGAGAAGCAUGUCUAUGUUCAGCAUGAGAAGUCCCAGGUUGUUCAAACCGCCUGGGCCUGCCUGGCACUCAUGGAGGCCCACUACCCCCACAAGGAGCCACUGGAGCGAGGCAUGAAGCUGCUCAUGUCGCGCCAGCAGCGUAAUGGCGAGUGGCUGCAGGAGUCGAUCGAGGGAGUUUUCAAUCAGUCAUGUAUGAUUUCGUAUCCCAACUACAAGUUCUACUGGCCGAUUCGUGCCUUGGGUUUGUACAGCAAACGAUUCGGCAACGAGGAGCUGCAGUGA